GAUAUAUAUAACUAGUCGAGUCCCGAGUGUUUAUGUCAGUAAGUCAGUUUGUGUUGGUGGAGGUUAAGUUACGCGAUUGUUUUGUUUUGAAAUCGAUAUUAAAUAAUGUGAUAUAAUAAUCCUUGCAAAAUUCUAUUUUGAUGUCUUUAAAGAUUUGUGUCAUUAAUAUAAGGGAUUAUAAACCCGUUUUAUUGCAUCGCAUCCAAGGUCUUAACCUAAAAUGUACGAUUCCGCCAACAAGCUUGAGAAACAAACAACUGAGAAUAAGCCUAACGUUGAAGAAAUAGAUAUUUAUGCAGACAUUCUUACCGACCAGGAUGGACAUAUCAAAAAGCUCAAAGAAAAGGUGGAUACCUUGUAUGCAGAAAAUAAGAAUUUAACUAAACAUUUAAACUCAUUACAAAAGAAAUAUGAAGACCUUUUAAAGAUAAAUGAAGAUUUAGAAAAGAAGUAUAAGACAGUUAAUUACAAUGUAUCUUCUUUGUAUAAAACAGCUCAAGCAGAGAUUGAAAGGAAAAACCAAAUGAUUAAAGACCUCAGGAGAGAGCAAGACAACCUUGUGUUCCGAAAAACAAGAACAUCUCAAGCAGUAGAGAGAGCACGAAGAGUUAUUGGAAAGUCACCCAAGAAGUGUAGAACUCAUAAGAAGAUUGAUAAUCAUGAAGAAAAUGUUCACAAGGAAGUGAAAGAAUCAAUCUUAACUCCUCAAGAGACAUUAAUAACUAGUACAGAACAGAAAAUAGAACAAGCUGGUGCAGAAAAUUCAGAUAGUGAAAGAUUUAUGGUUUCAGAAUUUCCUCCUCAAGAGACAUUAAUGACUACUACAGAACAGCAAAUUGAACAAGGUGAUGAAAAGAAUGUUAAUAGUAUAAAUUGUAUUUCAUCAGAAGUAAGUAAUUUGAACAAUAUUAGUAAUAUUCCUCCUCCUAUGCAAGGUCCUCAAAAUGCUUAUUCAAAAAGGUUGUAUAAAAAGCUUUAUGGUGUAAGCCCUCCAAAACCUCUAAACUCAGUUCGCCCAAGUAAUUCAUCAGAAAAACUAACAGAGAUUGCCAAAAAUGACAUAUCACCUGAAGUAAUUGCAUCAAAUAAAACAUGCAAUCCUUUAAAUAAAACAAUCUCAGAAGAUGAAUUAAUAACUACUGAAAAUGCAGCUCAUGAGGAUAGCAAACUUCCAUGUAUAGCUCUAAAAUUGAAAGAAGAAGUGAAGGAGUUCAUAAAAUUGGGUUCAAUUACUUCAAAUAAAUCAUCAACUCCAACCAAUGCUGUUAACAAAAUACAUCCAAUUAAUAAAACAAAUGUAUCUCCUUCUAAAAAUGAACAAACAAAGCAGAAUAUUACGAGGUCUUUAUCUUCACAGCAGUUAAUACUUCAAUGUGAUCUGAGAACACAGAACAAUUUGAAAGGAAAAAUACCUUCACCAAAUUCAGUGUCAAUAAAUGAAACUAUUGAAAAUAUCUUAAAAAAUCACAAAGCAGGUCUUUAUAAUAAUAGUGCAGUACAGACCAGUGAAAAACAAAUUACAUCACCAAAUAAUACAAAUUGUAAAUUACUGACAAAUCCUGAACCUGAUAAUGAAAUUCUUGACAAAAAAGAAAAUACAGCAAAUUCUAAAGUUUCACAGAAACUCCAAGAAAAGGGAGAAGAAAAUAAACGCAAUCGUUUAUUGGAAAACUUGAAUAAAAGAAUGUCAAACAAACCUUUAAUAUCCCCUGUGACUUUUGGGAAAUUGGUGACUUCAGCUUCAUUCCCACAGAAUACUACUACAAGUAGUAAUUCAGAAAUGGUUUCAUCUGGAAAAGAACAGACUGAUAUAUCACGAAAGCGUAAGCUUAGUGAAGUGUCACACCCUUUAGAAGAUACUUUAUUACAUCAAUCUCAAAAAUCUAAACUUGCAAAAGGCACAAAGACUGGCAGAAAACCCAAAUUUCUUCAUUCUUUGUUUGGCGAAAGUCCGUUAAAAUCACAAAGUCCAGAUAAAAAACCUGCAGUUAAUGUGGAAGAUAAAUCAAAUGAAGAGUUCAAAAGCACCUCAGUGAUUAAUAAUCCUGACUCUCCGAUAUUCCCAAGCAGUCCCUCACUAGACAGUGACAGUCCAGAAGAUCUAAUCAUUGAUAGCACUGCUUGCUCUGUUAACACUUCUCCCAGGGUAUCAGAGAUUAGCCAGAAGGAGGAUGAAGAAAAAAAGAACAAUUUAGAUAUUACCAAAGAUCUGUUUAGAGUAAGUGCAGAUUCUAAGCUUGUACAAGAAACCAAUAAUUGUGAGAAUGAUGACAGUUCCGUUGCAGAGAUAAAAACCCUUGAUAAAGACAGAGAAAUAAAAUAUAAGGGUGAAAAGAAUCAAAAUGCAGGCAGUGACCUAGAAAUGAAUGUAAAGGGAAACAUAGAGUUAAAUAUUGAGAACAAAGAUCUCAAGUGUAAAGGUAACAUUGCCUUUUAUAAAAAUUGUCCAGAUGACAAAGAGAAAGAAACUCCUUGCUUACCAGAUUUAUCAGAGUGUUUGUCACUUGAUAACACCAACCAAAUACCACAUAAAUCUAUCCCUGUUUCUAGAAAUACUGCACCAAGUGUAAAGCUUGAAAACUGCUUACCUAUAAAUAUUGUACAGAAAGCUGAGUCUACUGAAAUUAGCUUUGAAUCUGCACGCUUGAAUCCAGGUGCCAAUUCUGAGAAAUCUCAACUAAAUAACAAUAAGAUUGAUAAUGAUUCUAAUACGCAGAGAUUCAUUCCAUCACCACCCCAAUUAACAUUGGUUUCCGCAUUUAGACAUUCAGAAAAUAGUGUAUUCAAUAUUACUGAAGACACUGUGGGAUUUGUAUCAGCGCUAACUCGAGUAAGGGAUAUUUCACCUUUAAGAACACCAGAUAAAAAGAAUAAGUUACCAGCAGCCCUGAACAUUCCACACAAAGAAUUAAAACAAAUGCAUGUUAUAAAGAAUGAUUCCUCAGAGCUUUCAAAAACCACUCAUCUAGAUGUCCAAACUAUUAAAACUGUAGGAAUUUAUCAAGGAGAAAGAAGUGAUAAUGGCACUAAACAAACAAAUUUGCUCACAUCUAGUGAAUCGCUAAAACAUAUUGAACAGGUUACAAUAAACUAUGAUGCUGUUGAAAAUGAAGGUGAAAACAAUGGCUGUGAUUCUCUCAAUCACAUAUUGGAUCAAAAACAUACUGAGGUACAAAGUUAUGGUAGUUCUGAUGAGAAAAGUAUUAAUAAAGAUACUACAACUGAUAAUGAAAGAACAGUGAUUACUAACCAACAGAAUGAGUUUAAGAGAAAUAGACCUGUAAAACGUAUAAUGUUGCAAACUAAAAGCAAAAUUGAAGUUUUAGCUACUCAUAACAAAGAAAAUGUGAAAAAUAAAUUAUUAGGUCAUACAACUUCACAAGAAUCUAUCUCUAGAAAUAACAAUAAUCCAGAGGAGACAAAAACUAUAAAACAUAAGGAGCAAUCUGAUGAAACAUCACCUGUUACAAUAGAAAAGCUAAUCCCUCCAAAUGUUGGAAAGUUUGAAAGUAAAUGUGCAGAAAAACCCCAUGUACUAUUAAAAUCAAAACAGUCUAUGGUUUAUAAUCAAGUCCAUAUAGCUGCUUCAGACAGUUCAGGAAAUAUAAGUAAAACUGGUGAUGUAAAGCAAACUGAAAAUGCAACUACUAAGACAAAACUUGCAUUGUCUUCAGUUUCAUCUCCUCUUGAAACUUUAAAAAGCGAAAAGAACAUUUUUAAAAGAAGUGAAAGCUUAAAAAUGAUGCCCAAACCAAUUCCUAAAGUAAACUAUGAUGUUUUAAGUAAAACAACUAAUGCAAAAAUAAAUUUAACAAAUAAUUAUGUAUCAACAAAAAGCAAAAUAAAUACACAAUUACUUAAUGAAAAAAAUAGAAAAAAUCCCAAAAUUAAGAAAUCUGAUGAAUUAAGUAAAAGAAAUAUAAACUCAAUUAAAGAAGACAAAUCUAAUGAAAAUAGUACAUUGCAACAAUCAGGUGGGAAAUUUCAUUUAGGAAGUAAACAAAUCCAGAAUAUUACUGAAUCAAAAUUAAGAGAAAAUAAUGUUAAAUCUUGUAUUAACGACUCUCCAACUAAUAAAAAAGAUCUAUUUACAGUACACAAUGACACAAAGCUUAAGAAAAUUAAUGAAGGAAGAAAUGAAAAUACAAAACCUCUUCAAAUUGCCCAUAAAAUUGAAACUGACGAUUUAGAUCAAAUACCUCACAUUGCUCACAUUAACAAAAAAGUGCGUGUAAGUAAAUACAAAAGUACAAACGAAGUUAAACAAACCUUGUUACAAGAAGUUCCUGAUAGAAAAGAUGAAAAAGUUUCUUUGAAUUCAGGAAAUGAUGGGUUCGAAAACAAAGAUUCACUGUUAACACCAACUAAAAAGAUGGAAACUGUAAACCAUUCAGUAUGCAAGACACCUUCUUCAGAUGUUAGGAAGCAUAGAAGUACAGUGAACUCAAGUCCAGAGUUUUCCAGUCAAAAAAAAAUAAAUGAAAGUCCAGUUCAUGAAAAUUCUAGAAGACCAGGAUGUGAGAAUUCUGAUCAGUCCAAAGAUGUAAGUUCAAGGUAUGUGAAUAAACAUGACCGGAAAAACACCUAUAUUCAUCCAAAUGAUUCUAGAAAAAGAGAUUCAUACCACAGCAGAAGUCCGAGAAAUAGGUCUAAUCAUCAUCGUAGAUCUCCAAGUAACAGUCCAGAUCAAAAUUAUUCAAGACAUCAUACACACAUAUCUAGGACUAGAAGUUCUCAUCGUUCCAGAAGAUCAAGAAGUUAUAGUCCUCGUGUAUACAAGCGAAGUAAAUCUAAACAGUAUUAUCAAGAACGUAAACCAAGGAAGGGCAAUAGAAGCAAUCACUGGAAAAGGACUAGAAGUAGAAGUCCUCAUCGAUCUCGUUGUAGAUGGUCAAGAAGCAGAAGCCCUAUAAGAAUUAAUCAUGAGAUUGAUACCAGAGUGAGGGAAAUAAGACCUCCUAAUGAAGAGAAAUUAAAAGAGAGAACCACAAUGGAAAAUACCACUAACCAGAAUCAUAUAGAAGCACCGAAUGCAUCUGGAAAUGAAAAUAGCUAUAAUGAAGAAUUGGAACUUUUAAAAAAAGAAUUGAAACUUUUAAAAAGUAAACUAAUCGAAAAUAAAACGUCCACUUCCGAGUCUUUAUCAACAGCAGAGCUAGUAGCUGGCUCUGAUUCAGAAGGAGUCAAAAAAUUGCUUGUGGAGCCUACAGAACAAUUAAACAAGUCUUCAGAAAAUGAAGAGGAAGAAUCUAGGAGACACAACAAUUCAUCUGGAAAUGAACAUGUUGUCGAGAGUUUGAAUCAUAGCAACCCUGAGGUGAGUUCAAACCAUAGCUGUACAGCUCAGGCGAUGGUGGCGGAACCCUCUCCUCUAAAUAAUAAACCUAUGAAAAUUAUAAAAAUACACAGGAGGAGAGUAAGGACCUUGGGGGACUCUGAUGUCAGUGUUGUUUCCUCAUCAAACACCAUGGACAGGACAGGAAUUAGUGACUCUUUGACUGCCUCUAAAGGCUCUUGAGUUUUUAUAGUAUAAGACUUUAGUUGUAAUUUACAGUGUGUUUAAAAUGUGACUGCUAGAAUCUUGUUUGUGUUUAAUAAUUGUUGGAAAUAAGCUGCCAUAUUUAAAAUCGGUAUAAAAAUACACCAUGUACCUAAUACAGUGCAAUUCUUGUUCCCAAACAGUCGUCAAAACAUUCCGAACGCAAUAUAAAAAACCAUGAUUGUUUAUAUAAUGAAUGUUUUUUUUAAUUUCUACACAUUUGUACUGCAUAAAAUUUGAAUUUUGUAAAAUAUGUGCUUAUACUUAAACCAAAUAUUUUUGUAAAUAUUUAGGAUUGUAAAUUUUAAUAACUAGAUGUAGAUCAAAGAGAUAUUUAAUUUAGUUACCUAAUUCAGAAGUACCUAAUCUACAUGUAUUUGUACUUGGCUUUCUGAUAUUCACUUUUAUUGUUCAGUUAUAUUGUCUGGUUGUGUUUGGUAGACCUAGUAUCGAUAUAUUUAUUACAGAAGAAUAUAAGAAUAGUUUAUAUUAAGCAGAAAUUUCCAAAAUGUGCAUAUAAGUUUGUGCAAGUUUUUACAUUUGUUCAAUGAAACAGUUUUACUACAACUUGUUAUUUUGGCAGUUUUGAGGCAAGUUCUAGUGGGCCAUUGUGUGACAGAAGAUCAAGUCUGUGUACUGGUACAGCAAAGUUAUGAGAGAAUGUUUCAUUUAAUACAUAAAAAUAUCCAUUAAUUACUCAGUUAUUAAAUCCAUUAAUCCUCGUUCAGAUUAAUGAUCAUCACUCCUCAGAUUUUACACUAGAAAACUAGAUGUUGAGUACACUCAUUCUCACAUUAGUGUAUUGUGACAAGGUAUCAAUAUUCCAUUAGAAAAAGCUAAUUACGAGCCAAUAUCAUUGAUAUUCUUGUUGUUUGUCAGUGGUGCCUUAACAUAUUAGCAAUAUGUAAAGUUGUGAUUAUAUUGCCAUUUUUCAAAAGGCUCCACCAGUUUGGUUCACUUGUAUAGAUUAUGUGUACUUAAAUAAUUUAUAUUAUUUUAGUCUAUAUUUAUUAUUAUUAUUAUUAUUGUAUAAUUUAUAUACACUUAAAAUAAAUAGUCAAUUAAAUUUAUUUUUAUCUUUUAGACUUGUGAUGGUUUAUUUAGUGUUAAUAUUCAGUUUCAAAAGUAAAAGGUGUAAUGUUUCCAAAUUCGCUGAAAAAUAUUUAAAGAUUCCUCAGAGUUAUUUCUUUUCUUUUCCCUAUUAUUCUUCUUGUGAUAGAUUUUUUUUGCAUUAUGAGUUUGGAAUCAUGCAUAAAGUUGACUUUAUCCUUAACACCUUCACUGGAUUAGUACUGAGUGAUCCUGAGUCCUUGCAACAAUACACUAAGCACUAAGGUGUCUGCUGCAGUCAACAUGUUAAUAGAAAUUUCAUUACUUUGUUGUUGAACAAAAACAUUUGUUUACAUUUUUCAACCUAUCUUACUUAUAUGAACAGUUUAUUCUAAUUGCUACCACCGUUGUGCUUAUGUUUAGUGUUACCUGACGAUACACUGGCUAUUAUGUGGUAAAUCAACAUUUUACUUUUCUUUGUUAAUCAUAUAGUAUUUGUAUUUGGUAUUCAUAAAAAGAAAUGUCUUUUUAUUAAAUGGAACUUUGGUUACCAAACAGCACAGUGUCUAAUAUUUGGGAAUGUGAACAGUUUUCUACUCCAAGCACUGGUAUAGAAAUAUAAUAAAUUAAAAGAGUGAUUACUGUUUUGUAUUGUAAGCCAUGGUAAUGUAGCAUAAAAUUCUUUAUGUUAACUGUAGGAUUUCUUAUCUUAAAUGUUGCUGUAGAGUAUAUUGUUUUGGAAAUGUAAUGUACGUGUUACUACUAUGAAAUUAUAAAAAAACACCUUAAUACAUACUUUUACUGACAUAGUUUAUAGUAAGUUAUGGAAUCACUCACAAUAUUAGAUGCUGUGCUUCUUCUAUGUGAAAGUGUUAAUCCCUUAACAGUUUUCUUAUUGUACCUUAAACUAGGUUGUUUUGCUGAAUUAUUUUGCUGGUUUUUUUUUACAAAGAGGUUUAUUUUUUUACAGAGUGAUUUAUAGAGUUACUUACAUUUAGUAUACUUUUUUAUGCAUAAAUUAUUUUUAGUAGCUUUUUUGUUAUUUUUUUAUAUACUGUCCACUAAAUCAUUUUCACUAUUUAUGUCCAUGUAAUCAUCAUGCAAAUAAAGCCAAUUUUCUAUUUGUGCAUUGGAGAUUUCCAUGGUAAAAUAAACACUAAAUAAACCCAUAAAAUACUGAGUCAUGCAACAACAACAUUUUGUAGCUGUUUGCACUGUGUGACUACAGUGAAUUCAUCAAGGUGCAAACAUUCCCAGACUGAUGACCAAGGAAGUGCUGACAUCUAGUAGAAAUCGCCAGAACUACUUGCACGGCCCAUGGUUGUCAUAGAAAUGCUUCUUGUGCAAUAUUAUGGCAGAUAACAGAAUAAAACAGGAACAAUUUAACAAUGCAUAAUAUUGUGUUAGUGACACACUUGUUCGCAAUCGUCAUUAAUGUAAUACUGCAUUAAAAACCCGUGAAGGGGUUAACAUUGCGUACUAUAAAUAGAGUAAAGUUGACAUUAAAAGCUUUCACAGCUUACAGUAAGUUGUGGAACUGUUCUCGAUUAUUACAAUAGGUACAUUUUGGCAAGAGGGUCAAAAUGUUAAAAGCUAUCAUAAAAGGUGCAGAUUUAACUGGAUGCAGGAUUCCAAAAGUAAUUUUGUAAUGGCCCUUGACCCAAUGACUUUAAAAUGUUUCGUAUGUUUAAAACAGGAGACUAGUAUUAUAGGCUUUAAAUCAAUCGUUUUUGAAAAGUGUGUAUCUAAAAUAUAUUUCAAAUAGUUACAGAUAAAAUUAUUAUAUGUAUUAUAUAAUAAAUAAUUAUUCACUGUGUUAUUUAGUACUCUAUGACCAUUGCUAGAUUUAUUUUUUUUACUUGUAAAUAUAGUUAUUUCAUAGUUUUAAAA